CUAUGUGCAUGCGAUAAUCCAGUAAAGUCAACUCAAGUCACUGAAUCAAGACGACAAGAAAGAGCAUCUAUUUUGAAUCACAACCGGCAACCAAGGGAGUCACUGUUUACAUCCAGCCAUCCCUGUUUUGUUUCUAGAUGUAUUUCAGAUGGAUCAGUUUGAUUGACAGUUUUUUUAAUACCAUCUGAUAAUGCCCAAGAAGAGGGAUAGAGAGACGGACGAGACAACCCCAAAGAGGUUCAGGCAGUCCACGUUGGAUUUCCAUUUUACUGCAAAAGGUGGAGUGAAGUCAAAUCCUGAAGAGGACGAGGAGGAGGCAAUGAUGAGUGCGGAGGAGAGAGCUGAGAUGCAGAGGAGGAGGGAGCUCAUGGCAGCCGCUGCUGAAAGAAGGAAACAAUCAGGUUCACCAUGGAGCACACCACCAGGCAGCCCUGAGAAUGUGGAAGACAAUGACAGCAAUCGCAUGCAACGAUCAUCAACCUCAAAGACAGUUCAACCUUCAUCACCCGAUAUACCAUCAAGAACUGUGCCCAAAAGCAAUAUGAUAGCUGCUUUAUCAGAAGCUAGCGAUGCUUCUCUGCAAGAGAGGACUAAUACCCCAAAACAAGAGAAAGAUGUUUAUAAGAGGACAGAUUGGUAUGAUUAUGUUGUAGAAAAGGGAGUAUUGCCCGAUGAGGUGGACAGACCUUCAACCUCGAAAGAUGCUCGCAAAAAUAAAGUGACUGGGAAAAAUGGGGAAGAUGAGGAUGAUAUGAAUCGUUCAGAUGUGAAUUAUGCAGAGAUGGAACCGGCGAGUCCAACUCUGGAAUACAUGUAUGAUGGAGAUGGAUCACAGCCAUUGUUUACUGAUUCAGAACCUUUGGAAGGUGAGGAGGUUCACUGCACAGAUGUUCCAACUUCAUAUUGGAAAGGUUCUCCUAUCUCGGAGUUAAACCGGGCACCAGCCUGCGCUGAUGUAUUACCUGAGAUGAGACCAUCCCAAGAUCACACCAUUCUCUUUAGAACCCCAGUGAAAUCAGGUGUUGUUCCCACUGCCUUACCAAGUGAUUACCAAGAUAAAUGGGAUGGUGACCAUGUAAGAAUGCCAUGCUCUCCAGAAAACCUAUAUCCUGUGGAAGAUCAGGCUGGAAGAAAGAAAGUCCAAAGCAGAUGGGAGCUCAUUGAAGCAACCUUACUUGGUGGAAUAAAGAACUCGGUAGAUUUAGAAGAAGCUAUUUUGACGUACAACGCUCGCUACAGCCAGCGUUGGAACUUCAGAGCACUUCACACUCUCUUUACGGAAGUACUAGAUGCAGAGGAAACAACUUAUUUCUUUGAUAAGAUUCUCCCGGAGAUGGUUAAUCUUGCUCUACGAUUGCCAAAAUUAUGUACUCAGGCCAUUCCUCUAUUAAGAAGACAGUUAACACACAGCAUCACAAUAUCCCAACAGCAGAUAGCCAGCCUCCUUGCCAAUGCUUUCUUCUGUACCUUUCCACGACGGAAUGCUCAGCAAAAAAAAUCAGAGUACUCCAAAUUCCCAGAUAUCAACUUCAACAGGUUAUUUGAGAUGGGCAAAGGUUACAAGAAUCACAGAAAGAUUGAGAAGUUAAAGUGUAUCCUGAUUUACUUCCGUAGAGUUACUGAAAAUGUACCUACGGGAACUGUGACAAUCAGCCGAAGGGCUUUGACUGAUCUACCCAGGUGGGAUAAAAGUACAGCACCUCUCACAAGGCUUCACAUGGCUGCUUCGGGAAUGAUUGAGAAGGAAGGCCAUGGAAUGCUUCAGAUGGACUUUGCUAAUAAAUACAUCGGUGGUGGUGCAUUGGGGUUCGGUUGCGUCCAAGAGGAGAUCCGCUUCAUGAUCAACCCAGAGCUCAUAGUGACUCGUCUCAUCACUGAGGUUCUGGAUGACAAUGAGUGUGUCAUUAUCAAAGGUGCUGAGCAGUUCAGUGACUACACCGGAUAUGCUAACACUUUCAAAUGGAAGGGAAGCUUCAAGGACUCGACACCAAGGGAUGCAUGGGGAAGGCGAGAGACUGAGAUCGUUGCUAUUGAUGCCCUUGUGAUCCGUCGGUAUGAAGAUCAGUUCAGACCUGAUUGUCUCCGGAGAGAGCUCAAUAAGGCAUUUUGUGGUUUCCAUGGUAACACCUCAUCAGAGCAUCUGCCUGCCAUAGCGUCUGGUAAUUGGGGUUGUGGAGCAUUUGGAGGAGACAAGAGGGUGAAAGGACUCAUCCAAAUGAUGGCUGCUGCUGAAGCAGGGAGAGAUCUGGCUUACUUCACGUUUGAAGAUAAGGAUUUAUGUGAUGAUAUGGCAGGCAUGCAUGACUUCCUAGCAGCCCAGUCUGUCACUGUUGGUGAUCUGUGGAGGAACCUACAUAGGUACAGGACGGACGUCUUGAGACGUGGUGCAGGAGCAUCAAAGCCCAAGCUCUUUCCGUACCUCCUUCAGCUCUACACAGUGUGUGAUUCAGACACAGACGAGUAUGAGACCGAGGCAGGCCCUCCAGCGGAGACCAAGGCCACAGCUGGUGGAAGCUACAGUCCCAACUACAGAGCAGAAACGCCUUAAUUGUUGAUGGUGUCGCAUGUUAUGAGGACAGAGUUUUUAUGAAAUAAAUAUUCCACUAUUGUUAUAAGCUAUCAAAAUCCUUGCAUCUGAUUAGCUCAGAGUAAAGUUGUAAGUGAAAUUCAUUGACUUUUUUUCAUGAAAAGCUUCUAAGGUGUUGACUGAUUAAUGGACCACCAAGUUUUGAUUUAAGGCAGGCCCUGCUAACAAAGUGUUUUUGAUGGAUGCCAUAGUCUCUGAUUAUUGGCAGAUAUGUACUGCCAAUUAUUGUACUAUGCUAAAGGAUUUAUGUGAAAUCAUGGUGUGACUCGAGGGUCCUAUGUUUCUCUAAGGCUUGGCACAGUUUGAUCAUCCAGUUCUCGAGUAAGGCUGAACCUACUGCUGUAAACAAGACCCUUUGAAGCUAUAGUUCCAACUACGGAACAGAAUUUCUUAACCCAUUAACUGCCAAGUGCACAUGCUCAAGCUAAUAUAGGAUUAUUAACUGCAUGCUUGCAGUUGUCACACAGUCAAACUUUCAAAUUUGUGAUUAUGCCAGGUCAAACCAUGACACAUGUAUGUGUAUUCACUGCCUGGCCUAAAGAUGGCACUUCUUGGAGGAUACACGAGACUUGACAUGGUCAAGGGAUCAUUUUUCAUAAAACUUUCGUAAAGUAUGAAGUGCAGGCUUGUUACUUAUAGGUGAAAAGCAUUAAUGCUCUAUGUAAUUAGGAGAUUGAAAAUGAUACAUUUUUAUGCCAAGUCUUUAUAGUAUAUUAAAAUAUCAAUCUUGAGUCUGCUCUUGGUUGCAGACAUUUGCAAGUUGUUCCGCGUAAUCACCUUGUUUCAUUGAGAUUUAUGAUUUGUUAAUUGUAUUUCUUGUUUUAAGCUUAUCAAUCAUAUGAAAAAUAUGGUUUUCUUUAUCUUCAACAUAUAUGUAUACAGUGCAAUCAUUGUCAUUAACUUUAUCAUUUGAUUUUCCAUAAGUUUUGUUCUUUCUUUACAGCUAGCAAUGAUAGAUUAAAGUCCUGCAAUGUGUGUAUUUGUUCAUCUCUUUUUUUCUAUUCAAUGGGGAAUCCUCUUUAAUAUUUUGAUA